CAUCACCAAACUAAACUAUACGAAAAAAUGUCAUCUACCCACCAAAAAAUCCACCCUAUACACGACGUCGAAGCCCCCCCACCACCCCCAUCCGCCCCACUAAUCCCACCUCACACACUACGUUCCGAUAGCAAACACCACCCAAAUCACCCCCACCUACCACCACUACCCACUCGAACCGGUCUUCCAUCCACUUACCCAACCCCAAAACACAAACGAAAUUGUUGUUGUCGAGCAUUCUGCUGCAUUCUCUGUACCCUUCUUAUCCUUCUGGUGCUCAUCGGAGCCACAAUCGGUAUCCUCUUCCUCAUUUUCCGACCCAAAAUCCCUCAUUACUCGAUCGACACACUUAAAAUCACCCAAUUUUCCCCCAACUCAAAUAACUCAAUUUCAGCCACAUUUUCCGUUAACAUAACCGCACGUAAUCCAAACAAACACAUAGGGAUCUAUUACCUUAGUGGGUCAUCUCUUAGUGCAUACUAUAAAGACAUACUUCUAUGUCAAGGUUCCUUGCCUAAAUUCUAUCAAGGUCAUCGAAAUACGACCUUUCUAGAUGUUUCUUUAUCUGGUACCGUUAAUAAUGCAACUGGGUUUUCUUCUACAUACCAAGAACAGUUAAGACAAACAGGGAAUAUUCCCUUGCUUUUAAGGGCCAAAGUUCCUGUUAAGAUUAAGUUGGGAAAAUUAAAGUUGAUGAAAAUGAGGUUUAAGGUUAAAUGUGAGCUUAGUAUUCAAAGUUUGGCUAAUAAUCAAGAAAUUCGAAUUGGGACUAGUAGUUGCAAAUUUAGACUCAAACGUAUAUUUUAAUUGCGAAGGCGGAGUAAAAAUUGAUAUAUAUUUUUAUGUUUUAUAUAUCGAUUAAUUUAAUACUUGAAGUUUCUUAUUUUUAGAAAAAUCUCUACCAUGGAGUAUGUGAUACAUGCCUAAAACUUUCAUUGAUUCUUUUUGAAUCCUCUUUUAUUUCCUUGUAUAUUAUUAUGGUUUAUAUAUAUACCAUAUAAACCAUAUUAAUUUUUUUUUAAUUUAUUUUAUUGCCUUGAGCAUCUUUAUACUUUUACUUAUUCAUGCAUUAAAUAAAGAUUUAGGGGAUUAUUUUUUGAUCAUCCAUAAUUCAUAGUUUAGGUUAGUACUGUUGUACUUGUAUAUAAAUGACGGAUAUGUUCCAUCACAUUUUGAUGAAUAUAAAUAUA